AUGGUGAAAGUUACAAAGUUUGUGACUUCUCGUCCAUUAGUCAGCCUCAUCCUCUUGGUUGUUGUUUUUGGGACCAUACCGAUCGUGAUAUGGGGUAUAGCAAUGACGAGCAUAACGAACAACGUCGAUUCACUCACCAAAGAUCUCCGAUCAAGUCUAGUUUCUGAAAUAGAAAACAUCGGAGAAUUCAUCUAUCCAAAGACGAACUCAUCUACAAUCAGUUUAGCCAGAGUUAUAGACUCUUAUAUCACCAACAACAACACACAGUUCACUGAGAUUCAAACACAGAUCGCACCGGUGUUGUUUCAAGCUUACUCAACGAUCCCUCAAGUCUCACAAGUAUCGUACAUUAGUACAGACGGUCUCUUGUUUUCUUACAUGACAGGACUCAACACAAGUUUCGCAGUUUUUGCCAAUUCAAGUGGUGGAGACUACACUUGGUACACUCAAUCCAUUGAUCAGAGAACCGGUCGUCUCAUCGGUGAUGCAACGAGAUCUCAGCCGUUGGAUUUAACCCAUACAGAUUGGUUCCAAGCAGCACAGAGAGAUCACACUACAGCCUUUGUGGGUACUGGUUUGGGAGGAGAAGAUAACGAGACUCUUUUUGAGAGAGUAGUUAGCUUGGACAGCAAGAAAGGUGUUGUUUCGUUAGGGUUUCCGGUUAAAUAUUUAACCAGUGCAUUGAACCGUUUGAAUCUUCACGGUGGAGAGGUUUACAUGUGGACCAAGGACGGAACUGUGCUUGUUCGUGAAGGUUCACUGAAUGCUUCUUCCUUCAUCAUCUCAAAUGGCUCCAUUUGCUUCAAAAGAUCAAAAUUCGAAGCUUAUUGCUCUGUUCUUGAAGUUUCUGGCGUGCCUCUGACUUACACACUCAUGUUUGCGAACAAAGGAGGUGGAAUAAAAAACGCGGCAAAGUAUAUGCUUAUUUUGAUGGUCUUAUAUGGCUUUUGCUGGCCAACAGUGUUUGUUUUGUUUAUGGUAAGAGCAACAAGAAAAGAUAUGGAUAUGCGUUCAUCGCUGAUAAACCAAAUGGAAGCAACACAGCAAGCUGAGAGGAAGAGCAUGAACAAGAGUCAAGCGUUUGCACAAGCUAGCCACGACAUUAGAGGUUCCCUUGCAGGGAUCACCGGUCUGAUUGAUCUCUGUCGUCAAGAAGUUAAACCUGGCUCUGAAGUAGACGCUAGUCUUCAGCAAAUGAAUGUAUGCACAAAGGAUCUCGUUGGUCUGCUUAACUCUGUGUUGGACAUGAGCAAAAUCGAAAGCGGGAAGAUGCAGUUAGAGGAAGAAGAGUUCAACCUAGUCCAGCUUCUUGAAGACGUGGUUGACUUCUUCCAUCCUUUGGCGAUGAAGAAAAAGGUUGACGUGGUUUUGGAUCUUCACGACGGCUCCAUCUUAAAAUCCUCGAAUGUUAGAGGAGAUAGUGGCAAGCUCAAGCAGAUACUGAACAAUCUUGUGAGCAAUGCGGUCAAGUUCACAGUGGAAGGGCACAUUUCGAUCAGAGCUUGGGCUCAGAAACCAGGUUCAAAGAGCUCUGUUGUCUUGGCAUCGAAACCUAAAGGCAGAGUUGUAUCAAUCUUUUCAAAGUUUACGUUGUGCAUGAACAAAGACCAGUCUUCUUCAUCAUCAACCUAUGAGAUGGAGAUAUCAAACUCGCUAAGAAACAAUCCGAACACGAUGGAGUUUGUGUUUGAAGUGGACGACACAGGGAAAGGGGUACCUGUGGAGAUGCGUAAGUCAGUGUUUGAAAACUAUGUUCAGGUGAGAGAAACAGCACAGGGACAACAAGGCACUGGUCUAGGACUUGGGAUUGUGCAGUCUCUUGUGAGAUUAAUGGGAGGAGAGAUCAGAAUCACUGACAAGGCCAUGGGAGAGAAGGGAACUUCUUUCCAGUUCAAUGUUUUGUUGACAACCUCAGACACUCCUGACAUGAAAGUUAGAGAGGACAUUGAAGCAGGAGGAGGAGGAGAUUACGUGAUAUCCACGCCAAACCCUGGCCUGACUAUAAACACUACUUCUUUGGGAGGUAGUAGCAUGAACAUACGUCACCACCUGAGCCCUAGAUUCAACACUUGUCUCAGCUCCAGCUCCAGUCCGAAGCAGGAAGCUUCUCGAGUAGUUCUCCUUAUCAAAGACGAAGAACGCAGAAGAGUAACAGAGAAGAGCAUAAAGACUCUUGGUAUCAAAGUCACAGUGGUUGAAAAAUGGGAGCAUCUGAGUCAGGCCUUGGAGAGACUCUUUGGGUUCUCACCACAGAGUUCCAUGGGAAGAACAGAGUUAUCAAGUACGAGCUCGAGGGAGUUGCCUUUGAUUGGAACGGAUGGUGUUGAUUCCAGAAGUCAAGCUCCUAGAAGGAGAAGCACUAGUUUCUCUGCAUUCGUCCUUCUGAUGAUUGAUGCACAUGCAGGACCGUUUCCUGAGAUGGACGACAUUGUUGAACAGUUUCUUAGAAGCUUGCACCAUGGGAUAGUCUGUAAAGUUGUUUGGCUUAACGAACCUCCAGGCCGUGGAAGUGAGAGAGGGGACGUUUGUUGUUUGAAGCCUAUGCAUGGAUCACGUCUAAGCCGAGUGCUGAAGAUGUUACCUGAACUUGGAGGAAUCGUUCCAAAAGAAGAGCUGCAAAGAGAAGCAUCACUACUGAGACGACAUACUCUUGUUGCAGUAGCAGCUACGACAUCACCAAAGGGUACUACGAGUUGUGAGAUCGAAGAAGUAGAAGAAGAAGAAGACGAAGCGAGCUCAUCAAGGUAUAACAAAAAACCAGGCAAGUCAGUACGUACUAUUCCAAAGCCUGUUGGGAGCUCGGAGGAGGAGCGAGUAACAUCCAAUGCACUGUUGAAAGGAAAAAGAGUUAUGGUGGUUGAUGACAAUCGUAUAACAUGUACAGUUGCAACAAUGAAGCUGAAGAAUAUGGGAGUGUCAGAGGUCAGACAAUGCAACAACGGAAAAGAAGCUGUGAGAUUAGUCAGUGAAGGGCUAACACAAAGAGGUUCAACACAAAUGCUUCCGUUUGACUACAUUUUCAUGGACUGCCAGAUGCCAGAGAUGGAUGGAUGUGAAGCAACCAGAGAGAUUAGAAAAGUGGAGAGCAAAUACGGUGUGCAUAUACCAAUUAUAGCUGUAUCAGGACAUGCUCUUGGCUCAAACGAAGCAGAAGCUACCAUAGAUGCUGGAAUGGAUGCUUUCUUAGAGAAAGACAUGAAUCAGGACCAACUUAGGAAGAUCAUCAGAGAUAUCGAAAGCAAGAGGACUACUGUACAUGCAACUGUUGAGUAG